AUGUCGUGCUUUGCAUGCUGCGGUGAUGAAGAUACCCAAGUACCAGACACCAGGACUCAAUACCCAGGACACCAUCCAGCAAGGGCCGAUGCAUACCGCCCUGCUGAUCACCCUCCCAAGGGUCCUCAGCCUGUGAAAAUGCAGCCAAUUGCAGUCCCUGCUAUUCCUGUAGAUGAGAUUCGGGAGGUGACUAAGGGUUUUGGUGAUGAAGCCUUGAUUGGUGAGGGCUCCUUUGGCAGAGUAUACUUCGGUGUUUUGAGAAAUGGUAGGAGCGCUGCGGUCAAAAAGUUGGAUUCUAAUAAGCAGCCAGACCAAGAAUUCUUGGCGCAGGUGUCUAUGGUAUCAAGGCUGAAGCAUGAAAAUGUUGUUGAGUUGCUUGGUUACUGUGCUGAUGGGACACUCCGCGUCCUUGCUUAUGAGUUUGCUACUAUGGGUUCUCUUCAUGAUAUGCUUCAUGGAAGGAAAGGUGUUAAAGGGGCUCAACCCGGUCCAGUCUUAUCAUGGUCACAACGUGUGAAGAUAGCUGUUGGGGCAGCAAAAGGCCUCGAGUAUCUUCAUGAGAAAGCGCAACCGCAUAUCAUACACAGAGAUAUUAAGUCUAGCAAUGUUCUUCUUUUUGAUGAUGAUGUAGCUAAGAUAGCUGACUUUGAUUUGUCAAACCAAGCUCCUGACAUGGCAGCUCGGCUUCACUCAACUAGGGUUCUUGGAACUUUCGGAUAUCAUGCGCCUGAGUAUGCAAUGACUGGGCAACUCAGCUCUAAGAGCGAUGUAUAUAGUUUCGGAGUUGUUCUUCUUGAGCUAUUGACUGGAAGGAAACCUGUCGACCAUACAUUACCAAGGGGACAGCAGAGUCUUGUGACUUGGGCUACACCAAGACUUAGCGAAGACAAGGUUAGACAAUGUGUUGACUCAAGACUUGGAGGGGACUAUCCUCCGAAAGCUGUUGCAAAGUUUGCGGCUGUUGCCGCCUUGUGUGUUCAGUACGAAGCAGACUUCCGGCCAAACAUGAGCAUUGUUGUCAAGGCGCUACAACCCCUGCUGAAUGCGCAUGCGCGGGCGACUAACCCAGGAGAAAAUGCUGGGUCAUAA